AUGAAGCUAUACGAAUUUUCAGCAUUUGUGGACAGACUCAGAAAGGGAUAUCAGUUGGCGAAAAUGGCUGCUGAAGGGUACCAAACAGCGAAAACUAUUGGCGAGGGUUACCAGGUACUUAAGAAGGUUGGAACAGCUGCUGGAGGCUACCAGGCAAUAAAGAAAAUUGGUGAGCAAUUCAAGGAACGACAAAAAGCAGAGUGA